AGUGUUUUCGAAAGAGAGACAACUGUCUGCAUCACGAGGAGCAGGAGGAGGAGGUGGAGGUGGAGGAUUAAUAAUGCAGCAUGAAAGCUCAGGGUGGUGAGAGGGAGAUGUAGAUUAAACGAACACAGCUGGACUCGUAGAAGCACCUUUGAUUAAACGGACUUUCCUAAUCUGCUUAGACUUAAAAUGAAGGGACAAGACUAGCUCUGCAGAAUGUAUCACAAAGAACAUGAAAUGUGAAAAACUGAAAGAAAUAUUUUUUCUGGACUGGAAAGUAAUGGAGUCAACACACUGCAGAUGAGCACACGGCUGCUGUCGUCAUGGGAUGUGGCACAUCUAUUGCCACUCAGCGACAAGGAAAAAAGUCGGAGAAGGCACUGUCUUUCAAAUUCUUUUAUUCAAUAAUGCCACAUGCUGAUGAAGCUCUCAGGACUCCUUCUCCUGCAGUAGCAUUAAAAGCAGCAAUUCUGAUUCAGCAAUGGUUUCGGCGUUAUAUGGCUCGAUUAGAGAUUCGGAGAAGAUACACCUGGAGCAUCUUUCAGUCCAUAGAAUAUGCAGGAGAGCAAGACCAGCUACAGCUAUCUAGCUUUUUCACCUUUAUGCUGGACAACUUCACUCACCUCAGUGGCGACAGUCCAGAUUUAAUCUCCCAUGUUUUGGAUCCAAAUAAUGAAGAGGCCAAGUUAGCAAAAUAUGAGAAGAUUGAAGUUCCAGAUUCCUAUGCUGGUCCACGCCUUUCUUUCCCUCUUACUGUGGUACACACCAAUGCUUUGCUCAGCGGGUUCAAGCAACAGCAAACCCUCCAUCCACGAUAUGUUCUGCAAUUGUUACAUGAAACAAAGAAGUUCCUGAAGCACAUGCCAAAUAUCAUUCAUUUAUCAACCACCUAUACCAGGCAAAUAACCGUCUGUGGUGAUCUACACGGAAAACUUGAUGACUUACUGCUUAUAUUUUACAAGAAUGGUCUGCCCUCAGAUGAAAAUCCUUACUUAUUCAAUGGAGAUUUUGUUGAUCGAGGAAAGAAAUCCAUGGAGAUCAUAAUUAUACUAUUUGCCUUUUUAUUGGUCUACCCCAAUAACAUGCACCUAAACCGAGGAAACCACGAGGACUACAUUAUGAACCUGAGAUAUGGAUUUACUAAAGAGGUUAUGCAGAAAUACAAGACCCACGGGAGAGAAAUCCUUCAGCUCCUGCAAGAUGUCUUCAGCUUUCUUCCAAUAGCAACAAUAAUAGAUAAUAAAGUUCUAAUAGUACAUGGAGGAAUAUCAGACUUCACUGACCUUGAUGUUCUGGCUUCGAUUGAAAGACACAAAUUUAAGUCAGCACUGCGCCUGCCCAAGCUGAACACAGAUGACAGUCCAGAUAAAGGCAAAAAAAGAGUCCAGUUUUUUUCCCAGUGUAUUGGAGUUGGCGGACUGAAUAAAAAUCAGACUACAUUUCAAAGCAAUGGUUUUCUGCCUUCCUCUGACCACUGUUCUUCCUUUCAUACUAAACAAUGCAAACCAUGUUACAGCAAGGAGAAAGAUGUAAUGACAACUGGUGACGAGCAUCAUCCUCCAUCACAGAGAUUAUUCAACCCCAGUGCAAUACUAGAAGUACCAUUUCUGGAUUCUGGCAUCAACUUUGUCGCUGAACAGCCAAUCAGAGAAGAGCUGGAGUGGAAACAGAUUGUGGAUUUGCUCUGGAGUGAUCCCAAAAACCAGAAUGGCUGCAUCCCAAACAGUUUUCGUGGAGGUGGUUGUUACUUUGGGCCAGAUGUCACUCUUAGGUUACUGAAAAAGUAUAAUUUGCAACUGCUAAUAAGGUCACAUGAAUGCAAACAAGAUGGAUAUGAAUUAUGUCAUGAUGGGAAGGUGAUUACAAUUUUUUCUGCUUCUAAUUACUAUGAGGAGGGUAGCAACAGAGGAGCAUAUAUAAAGCUUGGACCGGAUUUAGUACCACGCUUUUUCCAGUAUCAAGUCAGCAAAUAUACCCGUAGGCUAACCAUUCAACAGAGUGUGACUGCUGCUGAAGGUUCCGCUCUAAAAUCCUUGAGAGAAAAGCUAUAUGCACACAAAACAGAUCUGAUUGCAGCAUUUAAAGAUUGUGACAAAAAUAACACAGGAAGGAUUUCAACAAGUGACUGGGCUACAGCAGUAGAAUCAGUCCUACAUUUAGAUCUGCCUUGGAGGACCCUGCGCUCCCAUUUAGUGAAACUAGGUCCUGAUGGGAAUGUUGACUACCUCUCCUGUUUUGAAGAUCUGCAAAUAGAACGUUCCAUUAAAGAGGUUACACCAUGCUUGAUGGAGACCCUUUAUAGAUAUCGAACUGAUCUGGAAAUCAUCUUUAAUAUAAUCGAUAAAGAUCAUUCAGGACUAAUCUCGAUUGAAGAGUUCCGACAGACUUGGAAGCUUUUCAGUUCUCACCUCCACAUCCCUAUUGACGAUGAAGCUAUUGAUGACCUGGCCCGGAGCAUUGAUUACAACAAAGAUGGCAGCAUUGACUUCAACGAGUUCUUGGAGGCAUUCCGUGUGGUACAUAAACUGGACAGCAAAGAAAACUAAACAAAACUUUUAACGACUAAGAGUUCUUCAGUACUCCUGCACCUACUUUUUUCUUCUUUUGAAAUCUGCAGUUACUGUAUAUUGAGCUUAUUAUUACGUGGUGCUCUUCUGUGAAGACACGGUCAGAGCGAUGACACAGGUCUAUUAAUAUAAACAAUAACAAAAAAUCUCAAAACCAUGCAACAUGUACAGUAGGAAAAAUAAAGAACUACUUGGGCAUGUGGAAUCAUAGAAGUGAGUAUCAGUAGGUUUAAUGAACUUGAUGAUUAGGCUGUUUAGCCUCUUCAGUGGAAUAUUAGACCCUCUAAAGAAAGUGUGCUGUCUGAAAAGUAUGUGCUCAAUCAAACAUUAUAUAUUGGAACAUAUUUUAUACAUGUUUACAAGUAUUUAAUUUUUUUUCAGUUGCUGCAUUUUUCAAUGGAUUUGCUUGAUAACGCUAAUGGAGGAUUUUAACACUGAAACCUUCAAAGAGCUAGCUAACUGUAAGCCCGUUUAUUAAAGCUGGCUAACCGAACCUAGCAUUUUAUAAAAGCCAUUAGACUGUUCACGACAAUCAUAUUGUAAUGCAUGCAGAAAUGCAUCCAUUAUUCGUUUUUCUUUUUUUUUUGUUUGUUAGUGAAUGGUAAUUUUUAUGCUUUAACGUGCAUUUCAUAGUUUAGCACAUCUUGGAAUUGUGUGCCUCAUGAAAGUGCCCUGACAUCUGAAUCAUCCUCUUGUGUUAUGGCAGCAUUCUUCUUGCUGCAUAACAGAUGAUGAUUACAUCUAUAAUGAUAAUCUCUUUAAUCUUCAGCACUUUGUAUAGCUUUUCUUUUUUUUUCUAUAUGUUACCACACUGUGUGCUUCCAGCUAGUUUGGAAAGGCUAUAUCUUUAAUGCAAGCUUUGAUGGAAAGCUUUUGUACUUCAAACCUUAUUUCUGAGGGAAAUUUUCUGCAUCAGCCAUUUAGCACAAAUAUCGAAAAUCUUUCCUAACUGUACAUUGAUUAAAAACACUAAUAUUUCUUUAAAAUGUCUUAAAAGCUUUAUGUUCUUUUACCAUAAAAUGUCUUACCCUGAUACAAAUUUGAAUCACACACUACUCCAUUUCUUGUUUCUUGGCUGAUCACAUUCAUCGCUGCCACCCUCUAGUCUUCUAAGACCACCUACAGACAACGUUACAUGACCUCAGUGUUACACAGCAGUUAGUGGAGAUCAGGACAGCUUGAAUUUGGCAUUUGGAAUGAAUCAGAGCAGGAAUUCAUUGCAGGGCAUCUAAAAAGAAAAAGGCAGGUUGCAAAGCUUGAGUCAGGUAUUUAGAAAACAUAUAGUUUAAAAAAAAACAAAAAAAACGUGCAAUAAGAUUUAAAGAAGUCAAACCAAAGUAAUCAGGCAUCCCUAAGAAAAUCAGUAAAAAAAAAACUGAAUGUCCUCUGACAGAAACUGACCAAAAGAUGUGCCAUCUUUCUGCUGGUUGUAGUGGCUCUACCAAGUGAGCUAAAGGAACAUUUCUGUUGCUUGGUUGCUUGACUCAAGGGGUAGAACACAGAGCUAGACUAUGAUCCCAUUAUAGUCCCCAAUCAUUUACAAUCAUUACUUAACUUACUUUUGCCUAAAAAGAUCAGUAUUGCUAUUUCAUCAACUCCUUUGACACCACUUAGCAAAAGAUGAUAACAUUUUGCAUAUAUUUUGCCCAUAGAAAAUCAUUUCCAGUAAAGCAUAAGCACAGUCUUAAGCAAGGAAGCAAGCUAUUUAAUCUGCCACACUGCUUUAAAAUGAUGGUCUCUAUGUACCCUGUGACUGUUCACCAUCCAUCCACUCAUUCAUUUUUAACAUAUUCAUCCAGUUCAGGGUAGUAAGGAGUUGAUAUAUUUCACAAUUUGGCUUAUGGUACAAACCAACUACAGUCCAUUAUGAUCAACAUUUUAUUAUGCAAUCAUUAAUAUUCUUCUCAAAUACUUAUUCAUUUGUGGUUGAAACACCUCCUUUCAGAAGUUUCUCACAGUUCUGGGUUCUUGUCACUUGGAUUUACCGGACAACAACUCACAUUUUUAACUACACAUAUGAGAGUUAAUUCAUAGCAUUUCCUUACCCUGUAGCUGAUGGGCCUGACUUACAAGCAUUCUGGUUCAGGAGCCAUUCUAACUGUCAGGACCAUAGCAUAAAGGGCAUGGGGCCUUGCAAAAAGCUAAUAGAGCAGGGCAGGAUCUCCACUGGCCUGUUCUCAAGAGCCAAACCAACACUGCAGACUGCAGGCUGCAACAUAACCUGGCACAAAAUGAGGAAACUGCCCUUUAAAGUUACAAACUAUUGUAGAAGCCUUUCAAGUGAAAUUAAAGAAUUAAAAAAAAAAAAAAAAAAAACAAACAACUUUAACUUGAAGAGACAAUGCAAACCAAAAAAAUCUAUGAAUAUGAAUACAUUUUUCAAAAAUAGAAAAGAAUACAAAACAAUUCCUACAGUGUCUCCUUCCAAAUACAAUGCACCACUACUGAGAUCUUUAGGCAAAGGGAGGUCUCAGCUGGAAUGACAUCAGGGUGGCAGCACCUCCUAAGGUACCAGCCAUAGAACACAACAGACAUAAGAGAACAUCUUACACAUAGAAAAAUAAUUAUAAAUAAAUAUAACAAUAUUAAUAGAAAAUACAUCAUUAGAAUAAUAAUUAUAAA